CUUUACCGAAGGACGCGUACUUUUAUGGUCUUAUGAAUUACUAGGCAGAUUCAAAGUAAGUAAAAUGGCUGUGGUUCAGAAAUCAGAAUUUCCGUGCAAUGACCCUUGCAGUCCAAAAUUUAUUCCCAGAAUCCGCAAAUUACGAUUACUGAAUCUGGAUAUUCCAGAAAAUGACUCUGAACCGGAGAAUAGCGAUUGUGAGAAUUCACCUGCAAUUGAUUUGAAGAUCAAGGAAACUGAAGAGAGUCCACUCGCAGACGCGUCCAUCAAUACCUCGGAAUCAAGAAUUCAGGACACAAAAGUGGAAAUUCAACCACUCUUUCCCUUGCAAACUUCUGAACCAGAAGAAAAGAACCAAUUUGAAUUUGCUGCAAUAAAUAUUGAUAGGACACCCCAAAAGAUAACAGAAAUCUCGAAAGCUUCUUUGGAAUCAACAGCGGCAGUUACCGGAAAUUUGGAGUCUGAAACUGGAUCAGAAGAAAGGCUUCGAAAUUGGAACGGCUCAGAAAUUCUGCCUAGUUUGCGCCAAAUAGAAUUACUAAAAUUGUAUACUGAUCCAAUAUCUGUUCCUUCGAAAUUGCACAAUGGAAAAGAUCCGGCUUCUUUCAAGAAUUUUGACAAAACACAGUCUCUUCUGUGCUGGAACGACUCUUCUGAUGCAAGCAUAUCUGAAAGCUGCUCACCACCUACAAAGAGAUGUCGUGUCGCUCUCUGGGAAGCAAAAGGCGAAAGCUUGAAUCCCAUUUCUGCAAGGAAAGAUGCUAAAAAUGCCGACGUUACUCAAAAUCGAGUGAAGCAUUCGAGGCAAUCCACGGAUAUCUUGAAUGUUUCCAUCUGCCACUUUAAAGCCCUGGAGAAAAACAUCGUAAAACCACAAACAACAUCUCAACAACAUUCUUGCACACUCAGUACACACUGUAAAUUAACAAAAAAUUUCAAUUUUUUUUUUGAGAAUCUAAAGAUACCUCUUCUAAAGGUCGUCGCAUUUUGCUCGUGGUUUGCCAGGAAACUAAUCAGCUAUAUCAAGCGGGCGUUUACAAACUUUCAGCAAAAUUUAGUUUCCAUUCUUACUUCACAAUCAGACACAUCGCCUUUGCUGACAGAAAAUGAUGAUCAAAUCCUCUCGACAAUUCGAAGUGAAAAUGAAAGGAUCAUGUCUGUUUUGUCUGAAAAAUUUUCCCAGCUUUCGGAAGAACUAAAUCAGAUGAAAGCAAGCAGCGAAGCAUCCUUAACAGCAAUCUUGACUGAGGUAAAUUGCAUUCGUGAUGAGAACAGAAAAUUGGCAGAAAAUGGUACUGAGCUCGUUAAGGAAUUCAAAUCUUUACACGAAAGAUUAGAAAAUGUAGGGUCUGCACCUAAAAAAAUGUCGGAAUUAUAUCCUCCACCUCCACCACCACCUCCGCCACCUCCACCACCGCCUCCUCCAAUGUUGAAAGCUAAACCACCAAAGUCUCCGAGUAGUAAUAGAGGCCCUAGAAAAACACCAACGAGGAAAUGCUCAAGUCCAAGGUCAAGUAGACCUUGCAUUACUGUCGAAGAUUUAUUGAAAGUCACACUCAAAAAAGCACCUCAAAAUUCGAAGGAAAACAAAAGGAACGGCAUUCCUGGUCCAGUAGUUUCCCUCGACAUGUUACGUAGCGUAAAGUUGCGUUCUGCGAGGCGAAGACCCUGCGAACAAAGCACCAGGUCCCCCAGAAGCAGAUCCGCAUACAUGAGAAGCCGGAUAAACUCCAGCCUCAUCAUCUCCCCUAUUUCGACUGGAUCGGAAAGCGCACUCAACAGGAUCCUAAAACAAGUGGACGUAAACAGACGAGAGUCGAAAAAAAGUCUCUCAAGUCCAACGCCCAGCGACUUGGACCUCUCCAAAGCCACUACUCCUCCCAAGGCUCUAAAUCCCAUCAGAAUCAACAGGUCGUAUUCCCUGGAUGUCACCAGAGAUUUCGCCUAACUCCACCCUCAAAACUACAGUGCCAAUUUGACUCGGGUUGUGAACCUAGAAAAUUUUAAUCGACACUUUUUUUCACAAAUGAAGUGAUAUAUAUAUAUUAAAAUAUUAUAAUGAUUCUCUGUGAGGAAGACUUUACGCGAAGCGGAAUGUAAAAAGAAAUGACGAAUGAAAAAUUAUUUUAAUA